AUGUCGUCGACUUAUUAUAUCGGACCUUUCGGGCGUAUGUUACCUGCUGCCGGUGGUCUCGCGGAGCAAGAACCGAAACGUCCAGCUAACCUAUCAGUUUCGGGAACUCACCCAUAUCAACUUCCACCGCCACGCACUUCGGCGCCAUUACAGUUUGGAACCGACCCAUUUCUACGGCCACAGAACCGCACUGAGAGGGGUGACGAUAGUGAAGAGACGUCAGGUUAUUUUAGGGGCCCAGGCUACCAACAGGCGAACGAACAGCUCCCUUCUGUUAGCCAGCUUCUUACACCAACAGCGCAGCUAAGCCGCUCACCAUCGCCUUACAACCCCCGAAAUUUUGGAAUACUCUUACCCCCAAGCGAAACAGGGGAACCACUUGAAAGAUUGCACCAUAAUGAGUCCGACACGCCUUCCAAGGAAGUGCGACCAGUGUUCUACGAAAACUCUAGGGCAAAUGUGAAUUUGAUGGCUUCGCCACAACCUCAAAGCCUGCCUCCUAUAUCUCACAUCUCGACUCGCGCUAUUGGACGUGAUACCCCAGCGUAUCUAAAUUUCAACCCGAAUCCAUCCCACACGUCAUAUCCGCCUAGCCUGCACCGCCGGUAUAGUGACGAGUUAAACGACAGAACACACGUAGCAACCGGCCCCAACAUCAGUAACUUGGGAUUAUUCAGUGCUACUGGAAAAUCGGAGAAGGCCCAAGUACGCCCACACGUCGUGGACGAGAGGUAUAUAGAUGGUGAAGGAUUGUGUUAUAUAUACGCGGAUGGGUCCCACUGCCCUAAAAUCAUUGACGGCAUCCCGGUUAACGCCAACUGGGGCAUUACGAAAGCCGGUAAACCAAGAAAACGAUUAGCCCAGGCUUGUCUCAUAUGCCGAGAAAAGAAGAUAAAGUGUCACCCUAACUUGCCAAAGUGUGACCAAUGCCAAAAAUCUGGGAGGGAGUGCAGGUUUGAGAGUGCACCGCGUGGUCAUCGUGCGGCCUCAAGGGCUUCACAAUUCGCGAGAAAAUAUGACAUGAGAGAUCAUCCUACAAUGGCAAACUCUAACAAUGCAGGUACCUCCAGUUCACUAUAUUCUGUUGCGAUGGCUUCGGAAAGUUCGAUUUCCCUCCCGGGGACAAACUCCCAGUCUCCUUUAUCUGAUGAUUCCAUGCUUACGCCUUCUGCUAUGGACAGCAACCGUCAGAGCAUUACCGAUUUUGACCAACAAUAUGCAACUAGACUGCCGCAAAUAUCUUGUGGGAAUGUAAAUAUGCCGGUAUAUUCCACAGAGAGUGCUAGCUCGGGCUUCACGGACUAUGCCGAGAUAUUGACGGAAAUCAAAGAUCUAGACUCCCACGAUCCACUGGCGAACGACUGGAGAGUAGACCCUUAUACGGUCGAUCCGGAAUCUACCAUACAUUUUACCGAAACUUAUUUUACAUUCGUCAAUGACCGCCUGUAUUACAUGUUUCCACGAAAGCGUUUUCUGCUCUGGCUGAAAUCAUGUCAUACCAAGUCACUUGAUGAUAAAAUGCUCGUCUAUUGUAUCAUGGCUUUAGGGUGUAUUUUCUCCGACCGGCCUGAUAGGAUAGCGGCCAUGAAGAAAUACUCUCGGACCGCUCGGUAUGCACUCGAGCAUAGCCAACACAGUCUUUCUUUACAGCUUGCCCACAGUCGGAUCAUAAUUAGCCUCUGGUACAAUGCCAUUGGUGCGAUCGUGAAAUCUUGGGAUGCUGCUGGCGCUGCAGUGCGAACAGUGUGCGGCCUGCGAUAUAAUGUUGAGAUGGGAGGAGUUAUCGUGGAGCAAAGCCAACCCUGCGAGUACGGUCUGCAUCCUCAAGCCCUAAUUGAAUGUCGCCGACGAACCUUCUGGAUCGCCUUCUUAACUGACCGUCUGUCAUGUUUCUAUGCGCCUUCAACCACCUUCAUCUCCUCUCAGACAGCAUUCUUGAGACUUCCUUGCCGCGAAGAAAUCUACGAAGCCCAGGAAUACACCACGGUGCCGUUUUUCCAAAGCUUUUUGAACCAAGUCCCAUCCCAUGACAAUGAAAUGUCCGGUUUGAGUGCAAUGGCACUUUUGAUAGACGUCAUGUCCAUAUGGGGAGAUGUAUCGGACCAUGUGUUCCGACUAUCUUUGAUCCCGGCAGAAUCGUACAACAAACUUUUUGAAGAUUUCUAUAGUACCAUGGUCCGUCGGUCAGACCAGUGGCUCUCAAGGCUGCCGAACUACUUGACAUUUACGUCGAUGAAUCUAGAGAGAAGUAUCCAGGGGAGAACGGUUGAUUCAUUCAUAUCAAUCCAUCUCUUAUACCAUGCUGCUUUAUUGAAACUCAAUCGAUACGCACGCUCGCAGCUUCUGCGACCAAGGAUGGCUUCAAAAUAUGUUCAUAUAGCCAGGAAUCACGCGGUGGAAAUUCUUCGGACCGCACUUGCCCUAGAACGUUAUGUCUCUGACUACAACGUGUCGCCGACGACGACAGAGCCAGUGGCUCCAAAAGGGGCUUUGAUAAACCCCUUCCUCGGUUACGUGAUACUGUCUGCAGUUGAUGUCCUCAGUGCCGGCGGACUGAUGAUCGACCUACCGGAAUGUAUCAACCUGCUGCAUGGCGGACUUGAAGUCAUCCGAGAACUCAGCUUUUUCUGGGGCAGCAUUAAGCCCUUAGUGUUACUGAUAAAGACACGUUUGGAUGCACUCAUGGAGGCCUUUCGUCAAGUGGAUUCCGGAGGAAAAGUAGCUUUCCUCCUAGACGGACCGUCCCUGGAUAGUCAGGUGCAGAACGAAGUUCAGAAACAAGACUCAUCUACCAAUGAGGACUUGAUGUAUGGAGGGCUUCCUUGGGAGCAACUCUUUUUUGCAUUUGGAUUAGUUGAUGUUCCGUUCUCGAUGCAGAACAUAGUUUGGAUCAGGACCCGAAGUUGA